UUUUCAUAGCAUAGCAACUAUUAUUCACUCUGUCAUCUUCCUCUGACUGAUCAUCCCGGUACAUUAACCAACAAUCAGCAAUAUCUCUGUCAUCUGGAUUCGCCCACCUAACCAAUCAAUGCCGCCAACAGAUUUCACCAACGCAUCCAGUAAUUCCAACAUAUUCCUUGUCUAAUCUGUAUUUGAUUUGCAAUAUUGAUGGCCGAGGAAGAUCCCAGCAAUGCCUGAUUACGUUCAUGGCACAGUCAUUUCCGUUGCAACGAUGCGUAUGAUUUUCCAGAGCCACGCCAUGGCAGAACAGUGCGUUAACGUCAGGAGCGAAUUGGAUUCCUUCGAAUCGCUGUUCCGUUCAUGGAGAAGGUUCGGACUUUACAGAGCAAGAAAUAGGGUGAUCUCCUGAAGUAGAUGCUUCGCAAGAGGCCAAAGAAACUGGAGUGAUGCACAAGCGAAAACGUCGCUCGGGCAAACCAUGCUACCCCUAUACUCCAGCAGGACCGCCACCUUAGUGCUUUCAGUUCAUCUACUCCUGGUGCUCUGCUUCAGACAGGCUUCUUCAAGCCUUCGGUACAGUUCCAGAAUUGUCGACACGCAGUCAGGAGGUAUAAGGGGGAUCAUUCUGGAACUGAAUUCUAGACACCUGGAGCCGGUGGAGGUUUUCAGGGGAGUUCCCUACGCUGCGCCACCUGUCGGGAAACUGAGGUUUGAACCACCACAACCCCCUUUGCCUUGGUCUGGAACCCGAUUAGCGGAUACGUUUGGUGCUGUUUGUCCCCAAAGGUUUCCGGAUUUGACUAACAGAACAGCAGCCCUUCAGCAUAUGCCUAAGGGCAGAUACAAUUACUUGAAAAAACUACUUCCCCUCCUAGAAAAACAGUCUGAAGAUUGCUUAUUCCUCAACAUGUAUAUACCUGGUAGUGGCAAUCGAGGUCUGGAGGCCCCCUAUUCGGUGAUGGUUUUUGUACACGGCGAGAGCUUCGAAUUCGGCGCCGGCAAUCCAUACGACGGCAGCGUCCUAUCCAGCUACGGUCAUGUCAUUGUGGUCACCGUGAAUUAUCGACUGGGCAUCCUUGGCCUUCUGAGGACAAGACCCACCCCCGACGUCGGAAGAAGUCGUUCUUCAUCCAACAGCGGGGGUAAUUUAGCAGUGAAGGAUAUCGACAUGGCGCUCCGUUGGGUUAAAUUGAACAUUGCUUCAUUUGGUGGAGAUCCCAACAGAAUAAUUUUAGUGGGACAUGACACUGGCGCCGCUUUGGCGAAUUUUCUACUGGUAGCUCCAAGUUCGAAAGGUCUUUUCAAUCGCGUGAUAUUAUUGAGUGGAAGUGCUCUGAGCCCAUGGGCAACGUCACACAGUGGAGAGUCCAUUAGGCUAAACAUUGGCCGACAAACUGGAUGCAUAUCAGUGAAUAAGACUAACGAGGAGGAGGAUAUUACUCAUUGUUUGAAAUCCAGGAGUCUCGAAGAGCUCAUGGACGUCCAGCUGGAGGAAGUCCGUUUCGUCCCUCGCAUCGCACCCACACUCCCCAUCGACGAGAGGGCCCCGGACCCCCUAUACGCGAUGGAACACUCAUCGGAAACGUUCAUAACGAGUGAAGUGAUGAUCGGAGUGACAACUACCGAAUCUUACAACGACUUUAACGCGAACGACAUACAGUACGGUUUCGAGGAAGACCAACGCAACCGGAUAUUGAGGACCUACAUUCGGAACACCUAUGUGUAUCACCUGAACGAGAUUUUUUCGGCUGUUCGAAACGAAUACACGGACUGGGAUAAGCCCAUCCAGCAUCCUAUAAAUGUGCGCGACAGCACGAUGGAGGCCUUGAGUGACGGUCAUACAGUGGCGCCUCUAGUGCAUGUGGGGUAUUUGCACGCGAGAAGGGGGGCCAAGACGUAUUUUUUUCAUUUCGGUUACCAGACCAAGGAGGGGGAUUACCCGCAGAGGCUCGGCAGUGUGAGAGGUGAAGACUUAAUCUACAUACUCGGCAUGCCACUGGUUGGCGGUCAUCCGUUCUUCCCUCAGAACUUCACCAGACAAGACAUGGGAGUUUCAGAGGCUCUGCUCAACUUCUUCAGCAACUUCGCCAAAUGCGGAGAUCCCAAUGGAUGCGGAACUGUAAAUAAGGACGUGCCCGAUUAUGGUACCGUCAAAGAGAAAACUAGGUAUAAGAGCAUCUCUUGGGAUCCCUAUGAAGUCAGCACCCAAUAUUAUCUCAGCAUAACUUCCAAGCCGAAAAUGAGAAGUCAUUACCGGGGCCACAAGAUGGCUGUCUGGUUGAAUUUGAUUCCGCAACUUCAUCAACCAGGGGAUGAUGUGAGCAUGAGGCACCAUCAUUUCCACGAGAGGGAACCUCAUUUUUACGCUGGUCCUGUGAGGCCAGAAUCCCUGUCUCAUAUGCCACCACCACUGUUUCCUGCCCCGAUGACAGAUUCACAUGCUAACGUUGCAAGUGGAAAUGAAGGCGAUAGCACAGAAUGUAUUUCCAGUACCACCGAAAAUGAGAUUGGGGGCAAACUAGAUAUAAGUGAGGAUGAGGAUGAAGACAAUGAGGAAAUUCUCCAACAAUUAGCUUCCCGAAAUUAUUACAGCUACACUGCCGCCUUGGGGGUAACUGUGGGGGUCGGAUGCCUCCUUCUGGUGCUCAACAUGUUAAUAUAUGCCGGUAUUUAUUACCAGAGGGAUAAACGCAGGAGGGAUGAAAACUGCUCCAUACAAUUGAACUCCAUACCAACAUCGUCGGAUAUGAGUUGUCAGCAAGGAAUUUCUCCCGAUUCUCCCGAUCAGAAUUCGAAGCAAAACAAUGAGAUGCCACCGAGAUAUUCAACACUCACCAGGGGCCCACCUGAAGGCCAAAACACCACGAAAAAAGAGAAACCACUCCCUCCAGUGAGGACAUCGAGUAGCAUUUCGAACGCUACAGUGAAAAAGAGGGUGCAAAUUCAGGAAAUAUCUGUAUAGUACUUGCCAAAAUUAUAAUUUUAGGAUCUCUUCGAAGUUAUAUAAUUAUUGUAUCGUUUAAUAAUAAAAUUUUUCUCGAAA